UCAGGCGGCGGUAUAUAGAGUCAAGUUCCGUGUUCACCGGUUUUAUUCAAUCAAAAGAGCGUGAACACCAACAUCCGCAGGACCAACAAGUGCAUUGGUCGGUCGCGAGUAAACAACUAGUGUUUUCAGUGCUUUUGGAUUUACCCACACAACUCCUCAGAAUGACCAAGUGGACCUCGAUCGCCCUGGCCCUGGUGGUGUUGGCCGCCGUCGCCGCCAACGCUUCCCCCAUCGCCGACGGUGCCUCGCACAAGGUCAUGGGCAGACAGGGUGACGCUGCCGCCCCCUCGGCCGAGGUGGUGACCAAUGCCCCCGCCGCCGCCGCUCCCGCCGCCCCCGCCUCUGAAGAAGACGACGAUGAGGACGACGACGAUGACGAGUACGAUCUUGAAGAUGCUCUCGGAGAUGAUGAUGAUGACGACGAUGAUGAAGAGGACGAGGCUGAGGAUGAUGACGACGACGAUGACGAGGACUACCUCGACAGAUUCUUUGACGACAUCCUCGCAGGUGGUGAUGACGACGACGACGAUGAUGAUGAUGAAGCACCGGCGAAACCCAAACCAACCAAGGCACCAGUUGCUACCCCGUCGAGCACAAUCGCCACCGGAGCCAAAGCCACCCCCAAGCCGACAGUCGCUGAAGAAUCUGACGAAGACUCGGACGAGGAUUACGACGUUGCGAGCGCAGGUAGUACGAAUAACGAUGUAAAAAAGCCCAGUGAGGGUGGAAUUGAGGAUUAUUUGGGGGAUGACGACGAUGCUGCUGAUGAGGACGAGGAGGAAAGUCUCGCCGACGAUGAUGAAGACGAGGACGAUGAUGAUGAUGAGGUGUCGAAGAGAUCACGCGCUCUGAAGGGCGAGGAUCUUCCCGCCGCACACUUGGUCCAGUACAACGAAUUCGUCGACACGAUCAUCUCAAAGAUCAACGACGUCCUGAAGACGACUUUUGACCCCGUGUCCAUCAAACUGACCCGCGGCACGCAAAAUCCCAGCCGCAAGCCUGUCAAGAACGAACCGAAAGUUCAAACUUUGGACGAGACUUCCGACGUUGGCCCUGCCUAUGAGGUUGUUGAUCUGACAGAGGAAUCGUCCGAUUCGGAAACUCCCUUGACCAGAACCAAGCGUGUCCGCAGCCACCGUUCCCGCACCAUCGGAAACAACCAGCAGAAGAAGAAGAAGAACAAGAACCAGCAGAGGGCCCAGCGUGCCCACGCCACCCUGAUCGGACUUUCCUCCGUGCGACGAGACGGCGACGUCCAAGUGACCAACUUCGCCGACCACUCGACCAUCAAGAGCAACUUCCUCAUCGGACCCCUGGUGCUGCGAGUGGAGAAAGCGUUCGGACGUGGAGCCAAGAAAGAGCUGAGAAGCGCAACUGCCACUACGGACAAGAUGAGCGGACGCAUGGUUUUGAGGGUCAGUCAGACUGGAGUCGCUUCCAUGCACACCAUCAGAGUUCUGCAGCCCAAGCAGGUUCGCGUUGAGAGUGACGACGAUCACGAGCAGACCCGCGAGUUCAUCUGGAAGAGGUCCAGCCACAUUGCGAGCGUUGUGUCCAAAAAACUGACCAAGGCCGCUCGCGAACUCCUCGGCGCCAACAAGAACAUCACCCAACACGCUCUCGAAUGAUUUCAGAGCAAUUAAUUCAUACCAACGAACAAAGUGCUCAGAAGAGGCUCUGAACGCUCAAGACUUUUGAAGAUGCCGGUGAUAAAGAAAAAACAAAUCCGCAAACUGCAGACGAUAUUUAGCUGAAAUUUUAAUUUAUUUUUAUUUAUUGUAGUAAUUUAUUAUUAAAAUGUUAAUUUAAAACAAAGA